AUGGCUUUGUUUAUUUUUUUGCUACUUUCUACUUUCCCUGAUUCGAUAUUCUCGACUGCCACUAAUAUUGCCAUCACAUCACCCACCCAAAGUAUCACUCUCACAUCAUUUGAAAAGCUUCCUCUACCCUCCACUGCGACCUCUCCGGAGUCCUUGGCUUUCAAUUUACUAGGGGAAGGUCCUUACACUGGCGUCUCCGACGGCCGAAUUCUUAAGUAUAUAAGGCUUACUAAGUCUUUCGUAGACUUUGCCUACACUUCACCAAAUAGGACUCGGGCAUUUUGUGAUGGGACGACUAGCCUCGACAAGUCUCCGACCUGCGGGCUGCCUCUGGGACUGGAUUUCGAUUAUUUCACCGGUCAACUCUAUUGUUGUGAUCCAUUCGUCGGCCUUACCCGUGUAGGAGCAUUUGGAGGGCUGGCUACUACUCUUGUCCCGACUAAGGAUGGAGUGCCUUACCGCUUUCUCAUUGCCGUAACUAAGACUAGUGAUGGACCUGUCUAUUUUACAGAUGCCAGUGCUCUAGCCGGAGCUGUAGGGUUGGCCACCGACAGUGAUGCCUCAUUCCUCCUCGUUUCAGAGUUCAUUGCAAAGAGAAUUCUAAGGUAUUGGCUUAAAGGAGAAAAAGCUGGAACUUCUGAAAUUUUCUUGACAUUUCCAGGAGGCCCAAACAAGAUUAAGAGGAACCAAGAAGGAAACUACUGGGUUGCAGUGAAUGUUCCGAAAAAUGACUCCACCGUUGCACCCCAAGGUGUGAAAUUUAGCCCUUCAGGAGAAAUUCUAGCCAUGGUUGAUCUCAGCAAAGAGUACAAUAGCCGUAUUACAAUUGUUAUAGAAUAUAAUAACAAAAUAUAUGUUGGAGGUCGGAAUUUUCCUUUUGUGGGUCAGUACGAUAUCAAAUAUGUCUGA